CUCCGCUUUGGCACACAGACUUGUGACUUCGACUGUGACGGCUGUUAGGUUAUCCACCACCAGAUCUUCACCCUUAACUUGCUCGCAUGAAAAAGGAUGACAAUCCGUUGACUAUGCCAUCACAAAACAAUUCGAUGACUUUCAAGAGCGAUUAAACCAGAGCCAUGCAGUUGAAAAGACGCCACUGUUGGACUCAGUUUGCCAAACAGGCCUUUUGGCUCUUACUGGUAGCUCUGCUGAUCUUUCUGCUCCGUCACAUUUGGCCAAAUAUCACAGCAGGCAAUUCAGGGCCGUCCAAAGUUGAAGGACUUCAAACAGACAAAUCAAUAGUGAACACGAGCAUUUCUAUCUGGACGACACUCUGGACCUCUUUUGAUAGUGGCACAGCUUUGGAAACACCUAAGCUCGCCACGACCAACCAAAGUGAGGUGGGAGACCCCGCACCGGUGAGACGCACCGAAAUCCAGGGCCUUUUCCCAUACAUCAUCAACGAACCGGUCAAAUGUCGACAGAGUCUUACAGCGCCAUUUUUGGUGUUCAUAAUCGCCACAGAGGCCUUGCAGGUGGAAGCAAGGGACGCGAUACGACAGACCUGGGGGAAUGAGAAUUUGAUCCGAGGCGUGCCAGUCGUCCGAAUCUUUCUGCUGGGAAAAGACGAGGGCGAGGCGGUAAGCCGCCAGCAACAGAUGCUCCAGGAAGAAAGUCGGAAAUAUCAUGACAUCAUUCAGCAGGACUUCUUGGAUUCGUACAACAACCUGACCCUAAAGACCUUAAUGGGCCUCCACUGGGUGGCACGGUACUGCUCACGGGCCAGCUACGUCAUGAAGACGGACAGUGACAUGUUUAUCAACACAGAGAACCUGAUUCGGAAGCUGCUCAGACCAGAGCUAAAGCCCAAGACGAACUAUUUUACCGGAAGAGUCAUUCGCAAUAAUGCACCCAUCCGGGACAGAAAGAGCAAGUGGUACGUUUCCAAACAGGAGUACCCAAACUUGAUGUAUCCCACCUUCUGUUCUGGGACGGGCUACGUGCUCUCCGGAGACUUGGCUCUGAAAAUUUACACAACAUCUCCGAGUGUGCGCCAGCUGCACCUUGAGGAUGUGCAUGUGGCACUUUGUGUGGCCAAGCUUGGCUUGGAGCCCAUCGACCCACCCAGUCAUUUUCUGUUCAACCACUGGCGGGUGCCGUUCAAAGGAUGCGACUACAAUCGUCUGUUAACGUCCCAUGGCUUUCAGCCCUGGGAAAUAAUUCAAUACUGGAGUAUGCUGCUUAGUAACAAGACAAAAUGUGCAACCUCUUUAAACUAUUCCAGCUAAAUCCAAUAAUGACUCUUCU